UUGGCUGCUAUUGCGCUGUAGGCAGCGAUUGAGUCCGGGAAAUCAGGUGCAGAGGGCGACUGUCGCGGGUGGCUGCGAGCGCGUGUCACUCACCCCACACCCUCUCUCUGUGUCUUUCCUUCUGCUUUCACUUUGCCACAUCUUCUGAGCUGGACCGCUCCGUAUCUCCGCGUUUCCUGCGCCGUGGACGUUUUAAACCCGCUGUAGGGUGCAGCAGCCAUGAACCCGGAGUCCAGUUCGCCGCCUCCGCGUCUUCAUCACAUCACUCCCGUCCAGGUGUUCUGCCUCCUACGGUGCGUUAUUUCGCCCGUAACGGGCCAACACUGAAACCCCCGUCUUUCCCUUCCACCUUACAUCUCAUGCGUGCGCAUUCCAAAGAAUUCUUCCGUUUUGAACCCUAUCAAUAAGCUUUCUGUGGAGAGACAUUUCUUAGACUGGAAAGUUAGAUUUUAACAGCAGCACGCUUCUUGGAAACACUGGGCACGAAUUUGAUUUCAUUGUCUGUUGGGUUCCAGAAAGUUUUCAUGAGCGUUCACCGAAACGACGCAUAGGUGUGUGUCGUGUUUGAACUUCAAUUCACCUGUUCCCCAGACUCAAAGGAUACAGCUGCGUCCCGCCUACUGCGCGUUGCCGACCCCCUGACCCCGAGCCGCCCGUUACCGGGAUAGAGAUGCAGUCAACCGGUGCAAGCGGGAACUUCCGCGGACCCUGCAUACAUACGGAUUAAACAAACAGGACAGACGUUAAGCUGCGACCCGGAGAGCCGUUUCUCGAGAGCGCACGGAGCCACUCGGACACGGAGGAAGCGAUGUGGGCCUUUCUCUCCACGCUGGCUGUCGUAUAUAUCCAGAUGAUGCUGGUCAUGUGUGAUCCUCUACAGGUGUUUGGCGUGGAUGGGGUGAAUUUCAGUGUGCACGUGGAGAAUCAGACCCGUGCACGAGACGCCAUGAGUCGACGACAUCACCGAGUAUACCAGCUUUACAGCCGCACCAGUGGGAAACACGUCCAGGUGCUGGGACGCAAGAUCAGCGCUCGCGGAGACGACGGAGACAAAUAUGCCCAGCUCGUAGUGGAGGCCGACACCUUCGGCAGCCAGGUGCGAAUUCGAGGGAAGGAAACCAACUUUUACCUGUGUAUGAACCGCAGAGGGAAGCUCGUAGGCAAGGCCAGUAAUCGUAGUGCGGACUGUGUCUUCGUGGAGAUGGUUUUGGAAAACAACUACACGGCCCUCAUGUCAGCGCGCUACACGGGGUGGUACGUGGGCUUCACUAAAAAGGGUCGCCCUCGCCGCGGCCCUCACACGCUUCCCAAUCAACAGGACGUUCACUUCAUGAAACGCUUCCCUCCAGGAGAGCAGCCGGUCUUUCCGCCGUUUCGAUUCACGACGGUAAGCAAGAGGAUCAAAAGAGUCCGCGCAGCACGGCCACGCUAAUGCCGAAACUACAACGUCAUGCCGCGAGACCUUGUGAAUGCAUAAACAAAGAGACCAUCCUACAUCACAGUCCAGCUAAAAGACGCUGCCUAACCUAAGCUGAACUUGAUGUGGUCCAACAUCACUUCAUAUUCCACUGGGUUAAACCUCGUACAACCCUACUAAUAAACACUAGCUAUUCUACGCCAGAGCUGCGGUUUAAAGCGGCUCACAUAUGACACGGAGAAAACUAACCAAAGCAAACUCAACGAUAUGGGCAGAGGAAGCAUUAGACUGCUAAUCCAGCUAGCGGCCCACAAUCCCACAAUGGAGAAACGAUCCUCCCAAUGCUAAAUGAAACACAACCACACUGGCCUAUAGACGACGAUCGUGUUGCAAUUUUCCUAAGACUUCCAAACCCUGGACGUGAUCCCGCCUGAGGGAGAAGAGCUGAUAGGCCAGAAGUUGUGGAUGUGGUAAAUGGACACAGAUUGGAAUGAGACAAAUGAGAGAAAGACUACUGCUGGAAGCUCUCCUGAUAAGACGCCUUACAGGAAAUGUUCACUCGAAAAUGAAAAUUUUGUCAUCAUUCACUCACCCUCAAAAAUCCUUUUAAAAGAUCAGUUCACAGUAACUGCAGGUGAAUAGUUCACAGCAGACUAAAGAAAACUUUGUGUGUAACAGACCCAACAUUUAAAGGAUUUUUUCCCUCUAUGACAGUUCUUUAUAUGCAUUCAAUUUUGACGCAUGCAAGAAGCUAUUGAGAAAGAUUACAGUAAAUAAGUUCCUUACACUCUUUAAAAUAAAGGUGCUUUAUGAUGCCAUAGAAGAACCAUUAGAGUAAUUCCAGACAUUUGCAGUCAAACUUGAAACAUAAAUUCCCAGAGAAUGAAUUUAUUACCAAUAUAUUGAACCCUGUGUUAAAAUGUUCAGACAUCACAAAAUAUCAGUCUAUAUGCAUGUUUUCUGUGUUAGUAAAGGGAAACAUGCAUGCAUUAUGGAUGUGACAAAAUACGUUUUUGGGAGACAAUAUACUUUAUAUUAAAAUGCACAAACAAGAAGCAAUAACACCCAAUAAAUGAGAAGGGACGACUAUUUAAAGAACAUUUAAUAUUUAUCUUAAUAACAUUUUUGUAUGUGCACGAGGAAAAAACAACGUUAUGGACAUUUCUCCGUUAUGGACAUGACAAUUCUGAAAUGUGCACAUACUUAACUAUGGAAAAAAAAACAUGCACUCUAAAAAAGUUAUUUUUAAGCCAAAGCUGACCUAGUGAUGUGUUGUUUUAAUCCAACUGCAGCGUUAUUAUAACCCAUGGUUGCAUAAAAACAACCCAACAUGGGGUUUUUAACCCAUUAUGUGUUCUGCCCAAUAUUUACCCAUUAUGAGUUAAAAAUAACCCAGAAAUUUUUAGAGUAUGCUUUAAAAACUUUAAAGGUGGUGUGUGUCAAUUUUAGCGGCAUCUAGUGGUGAGAUUGCGAAUUGCAACCAACAGCUCACCCCUCAAUUUCAAAAACGCACAUGGUAGCCGCCACAGGACCAAAAUUUUGUCGUCUGGGACAACGUAGUGACGAAACUUACUCUGUUGAUCAGUUUGUCCGUUUAGGGCUACUGAAGAAACAUGACACGACUUCCAUUAAAGGAGAUCCACGGUGUAUGGAGAAAAAACGUCUCAGUCUAAGGCAGUGUUCUUCAUUGCGCGGCUCGGCAAGCUUUAAUUUGUGGCUCGCAUGGCAGUAAAUAACACGGUGAUAUGAUCAUGCAUGCAUGCGCGUUUUCUGUCUUUUAUGCUCCGGAAGCUAACUUUGUUAGAAAACUAUACCCAUUAUAAUCCGCACGUGGGUAUGCAUGUUCAACUGCAUGCAGCGCUUGCACAGAGCAAUUGUCAUGACAUCAAAGUACUAACGCCCCAUUCAGACAGCCAACGACAAGCAGUAGCAGAGCGACGCGAUCUCAUUCAUUUCAAUGGAAACCUGGCGACCUCCGGCGAUGCGAGCGAAAGUGACCGUUGGCGACCGAAUGGGCGUGUCCAGCGACGCGAGAAAGUUAAGAAAAGUUUAACUUUAUGCAAAUGUCGAGCGACUUUCCGGAGCGACUACCAAUGAGAACAAAGCAGUGGAGUUCACGUCAUCCUUCUCUCGUCAGUUACUGGCGUGGAUGGUACUCAUUUGUUUAUGACAAGCAGAUUUAGAAACGCCUCAUUGAAAGAGACAAGCAACAACAGCGAUAACGUCUCUGUCUGUCUGAACGAGGGGUAAGAGAUCAGACUGCUUGUUAUUCAAGCAUAAUGCUCUCGCCGGACAGGACUGUCACUCGCCAAUCGUUCUGUGCAGUGCCGCAUAAAAUUAAGAGAAAGGUGGCCCCCUAGUGGUUCGGGGGGCAUUGCAUACGCACAUUAUAAGAAUGCUUAGUAUUAAGAAAAUCCUGUAUUUUGUCAUUAAGGGAAAUCAUCUUGUCCCAGUUACAAAUUUGACUGGUAAAUGAUAAAGAAAAAUUCGCCCAUUUGUAUUUAUUGAAUUGCAUAUUGUCACUGUAAAAAAUAUGCAGCAUUAAGUUAAAACAACUUAGUUUUGCAAGUCAAUUCAACCUACAAUUUUAAGUUUUGGCUUAAAAAGCUGACAUAACUUAUAAAAUUAAGUUGAAAUCGUUUAACUUAAAGUAACAUAAAAAAUAUGUUGUUUUGACAAAAAUACAGCAUUUUUUGUUACAGUUUAUGUUCAGGGAUGACAGAUUGAUAAGCAGACAUGCUAUUUAUGACUGGAUGAAACUUUUGUACUUUGCGGUAAUAGUGGCUCUCCUAUUGACUUUGACCUGUCAGUGUGGCUCUCAUGAAAAAAUCGUGAAAACCACUGUUCUAAGGUAAUAAAAAAAUACAAUCAUGUAAGGUCUUUAUACACCACUGAUAAUAUAGUUAUGUAUUUCAUAUUGCAUUUCUGUCAUGAGAUCCUUCUAAAAGUUACACAAUGCACCUUUGAAUGGGUAUUUAAACCACCAGAUAUUAACAUCUAAUGCUGCGUUAACACCAACCGUGGUAGAGGCGUGAAGCGCGAGUGAUUUUAAUGUUAAGUCAAUGUGAAGACGCAUUGACGCGCGUCCGGAGGUCCCGCAGCGGGGAUGAGGCGUUUGGCGCGGCGCUAGCUCGCGCGUUGUGUUCAAGCGGCAAACUAGGCAUGGUAGACGCGAUUUUGACGCCUGAAACGCGGUUGGUGUAAACGCACCAUAAGAUAUUUGUAUAGUUAAAAACUUUAGGUAUAAACUUUCUUUAUUAAAGUUUAUUAAAAGGUAUGAAAGUAAUGAUUCUUCUAUGGCACCUUUAUUGUUACGAGUGUAUACAGCUAUCAUAUCUCUUCACAAUACAGUGAAGGAGAUCUACAGACCUCUUUAAGGGCUUUUAAACAGUUUGGUCCCUUUAAAAGAGAUUCACAAUGACCUGAAUGAAUAACUGGUGACAGUAUUUUCAUGUUUGAGUGAACUGUUUCUAAUGAAGCUAUGAAUGAAUGGAUUUAAUGCUGUGUGUAUGUGUGUGCGUGUGCAAUUGCAAAAGCUUGUGUUUGGUUACAUCAAGACCACGGGGGAAAUAACCGUAGGAUGGACGUUACCGGGAUGGCUGGAAUUAACUAGAACUGGAAUGUCAAAGACAAUAAGAAAACCUCUCGAAAGCUGCACCAAAUACUAUUGACCAAAGACACGUGGUAACCAAUGACAGUAAAACCCUUCCCACUGGUCCAAUUGGGGGGGGGGGGGUUGCCACGAAACGACACGAGGAGCAACGUUCCUGUUUGGAUCCAUGUGGAAUGCUGCUACUAAAAAAACGAAUGGAGAACCAAAGUCUUAUACCAGCUCAUUAAAGGGAUAACAUUACGAAACUUUUUUAAAAAUAAAAAAUAAAUAUAUAUAAAUAUAUAUAUAUAUAUAUAUAAAAAGAUAAAGUCAUAUUACUAUGACUGCUACUAUCAUUGUUGUUACUCUAAAAUAAAUUCACUAUUUAUUUUCUCUUUGUUUAUGGCAAAAAGCUUUCCAAAGCCAGUGAACAUAAAUGAAAUGUGUCUGUGUUUUAAAAAAUACAUGCUGUGUGAGUCAUUUUUAUUAUAAAACACAAUCUGUGUUGAGCUAUACGGCCACUAACUAUUUGCAAUUGCCCAGAGCCCUGGAUGUUUACAUGGUUAUAAGUCACGUAUGCUAACUUUUGCAUUAUGUUAACAUUAUAGAAGGACAGGUGUACUGUAAAUCAUGUGAUGUCACAAACUUACAAUAAAGGUAGCAACACCCACACAACCACCGGAGAAAUCAUAUACAGUAGAAACAUGCUUAAAAACCACUCCGAAAACAUUAGCAACCAUCCAAAAACACCUUAGCGAGGGUUUCAGACUGGAGAGGUUUGCACAAGCAGGCAACAGUCAAAUCUUCCCCAGAAAAUUUAAAAAUCUGGUUGAAUUAUCACCUUUCCAUGUCUCUUACAUAUUCAUGCUAUGAGA